AGUAUUAUGACACAAUGCUUGUUCAACAGAUACAGCGAAACAGCUCCAAAUGGCUUACGGCGGCUGCGCCGUAGCUCCGACCGCGCCGCCAGGUAGCUCGGAAACAGUAAGACAUGUAAAGCUUGACAAAGAGUGUGAGUUGAGAAUCGAAGUCGGUCCCGAUUUUCCUCUUCGCCUGCGGUUGGUCAGCGGCACUGCCGAGAUAUUUGGAACGGAGAUUCGCCUCUCGUUUCCUCCAGGGCACAAAUUUGCUGUUUUUACUUGGUAUGGCGCUACAAUUGAAAUUGAUGGUUCUACUGAAACUGAUUAUACGGCUGAUGAGCUAUAUCAAUGUGCAUGCUGUGUUAUGAGGAUUGGGGCAAAACUGCACAAUCAGUUCAGUUCGGUUACCAAUAUACUGUUCGGCGAUUAGGGACCGAUAUGCUGUUCAGUGAUCUGACGAACUGCAAUCAUGCUCGGUGAUU